AUGACCCACACUGUGGCCUUUCAGCUAGCAGACCCACACUGGGGCCUUUCAGCUAGCAGACCCACACUGGGGCCUUUCAGCCAGUAUGACCCACACUGGGGCCUUUCAGCUAGCAGACCCACACUGGGGCCUUUCAGCCAGUAUGACCCACACUGGGGCCUUUCAGCCAGUAUGACCCACACUGGGGCCUUUCAGCCAGAUGUCAUAGGAUGCACCCAGGAGAUGGACUGCAUCCUGUGGCCGCGCAACGACAUAGAGAAGAUAGUCUGUCUCUUGUUCUCCAGGUGGAAGGGGGCUGAGGACGAACCCUUCAGGCCUGUUCAGGCCAAGUUUGAGUUUCAUCAUGGAGACUACGAGAAGCAGUUGUUGCAUGCUGUCGGCCGGAGGGACAAGGCUGGAAUGGUUAUGAACAACCCAGCUCAGUCGGUCUUCCUCUUUAUGGACCGACAGCACUUACAGACUCCUAAAACCAAGGCCACAGUUUUUAAGUUGUGCAGCCUUUGCCUGUACCUGCCCCAGGACCGGCUAACGUGCUGGGGCGUUGGCGACAUCGAAGACCAUCUCCUCCCGUACAUGCCUGACUAGGCCCAGCCGGCCGC